GCCAGUUGGUGGAUCGAUCGACGUCCCGUCGAACCUCGCGGCCGUGAUCGCUGCUGCGCCUCUGGGCGGGGCGAGAGGGCGCCUCAGUCGUGCACCGGAGCUCAGAAAGGACGCUUCGUCCAGCUCCUCGAACGUUGCUCGUUCGCUUGGAUCUCUCUCUUUCCUCCUCGUCGAUUUUUCCGACGAAAAAAAACACGAAAGAAAAAACGAAAAAAAAAAAAAAGAAACAAGACAAGACGCUCCUUUCGCGUCUUCUAGGGGCUGUGGUACGAUUAUAAACUUCAAGCAGACGUGUGAUCCGAAACUUCGAAAAGCGAGCGAGAGAGAAAGAGGGGGAGAGAGAGAGAGAGAGAGACAGAGAAAGAGAGAGCCAAACGUGAGAGCUUAGUUACAAUAGUGUUUUUAUCUCUGAUUUGAGAUUCGAGAUAUAUUCUUUCUUCGCCCGUGUACCAUUAGUAGCCAGUAGUCCGAGACUCGAGAGACCCGUGGAAUAGUACCGUACCACUCCGUGGUACAUACUAUAGUUGCAGCGACGCGGAUCAACCAGUGAUCGUUUCAACGCGGCGCGGUUCACGUCGUCCUCGCCGGAGGACACCGGGGAUAACACUUACGUCCGUACCGGGGGAUAUUUUUCGUUCCCUUUGAAUUCAUUCGGCUGCCCCGUGUAUAUCUCGUGUACUAACCGAUCGUAUUCCUCUCGUUGGUUCGAACGUACGUUACAUUCUGUUCGACUGUUCGACUCGUCGGAUAACCAGCCACGUAUCGAUUCGAGAGGUGAUACGGGCGUACGUAGAUAGAGAUAGGACGCACGUCCUAGUGAGACAAGUGAGAGAUACACGUUGAAGAGGUGCGUAAAGAGAAAAGGGUUUCGAAAGUAUCGAGAAAGGGGGAGAGGCGUCUAUGUGCGCGGCCGGAGGUACGGAGAGCUACCCUGGCACCUAGCGGACGACGCGGGGUGGCUUCACCAAGUCUAGUGCUCUAAGAGAGGGUGAAACUCGUCCCAGGGUGGCGGGCUCCGUCAGCAGAGGGCGGCGAGCGUCGCGGAGCAGUAGCUAGUAAGGAAGAGGAGGAGAGGCCAGACCGGAGGAAGACGGAUAUAUACCCGUGACGAAGAAGACGAAGACGACGCGGUCGUGGCGUAGGUGUCCGAGGGUGGCGGCGGUGGUGACGUGCAGGAGGUGGUGGCGGCGGAGGAGGGUGGUAGUGACCGUGGAAGAAGCGGCGACUCCUGCAACGUGAGUCGCGGAGCGGUGCUGCUGGGUUGUUGUUGUUGUUGUUGUUGGGUGGUGUUGGUGGUGGUGGUGGCCACGAAGAGGGUAGAAUAACGGUUUCUUAGCCGGCCAGGGGUACGGACAGAGGCUUGGUGGUGGCGUUUGUAAAAAUAACGUGUGGCAAGAUGGGCUGCGCCAUGUCAGCGGAAGAGCGGGCCGCACUGGCCCGUAGCAAGCAGAUCGAGAAGAAUCUCAAGGAGGAUGGUAUCCAGGCUGCCAAGGAUAUCAAGCUACUGCUGCUUGGUGCCGGCGAGUCUGGGAAGAGUACCAUCGUCAAACAAAUGAAAAUUAUCCACGAAAGUGGAUUCACACCUGAAGAUUUCAAGCAGUACAGGCCCGUAGUUUAUAGCAACACGAUACAAUCUCUAGUCGCUAUUCUGAGAGCGAUGCCAAAUUUGGACAUCAAUUUUUCGACCAAUGAGCGAGAGCCGGACGCGAAAAUGGUGUUUGACGUGAUUCAAAGAAUGGAGGACACAGAGCCAUUCAGCGAGGAGCUUUUGGCUGCGAUGAAUAGACUCUGGGCCGACAGCGGGGUCCAGGAAUGCUUUGGCAGGAGCAACGAGUACCAACUCAACGACUCGGCGAAAUAUUUCCUGGACGAUCUAGACCGAUUAGGGGCCAGAGAUUACCAGCCAACGGAGCAGGAUAUUUUAAGGACCCGUGUCAAAACAACGGGUAUAGUCGAGGUUCACUUUUCGUUCAAGAAUCUUAAUUUCAAAUUGUUCGACGUCGGCGGUCAAAGAAGCGAACGUAAGAAGUGGAUCCAUUGCUUCGAGGAUGUGACCGCGAUCAUAUUCUGCGUAGCAAUGUCCGAGUACGAUCAGGUGUUGCACGAAGACGAGACCACGAAUCGAAUGCAAGAAAGUUUAAAACUGUUCGACUCAAUUUGCAAUAACAAAUGGUUCACCGAUACCUCGAUCAUUCUCUUCUUGAACAAAAAGGAUCUCUUCGAGGAGAAGAUCCGGAAGUCACCACUUACCAUUUGCUUCCCCGAGUAUGCCGGGGCGCAGGAGUACGGUGAAGCAGCCGCGUACAUCCAGGCGCAAUUCGAGGCGAGGAACAAGUCAACCACUAAGGAGAUCUACUGCCACAUGACUUGCGCUACUGAUACAGACAACAUUCAAUUCGUGUUCGACGCAGUCACAGAUGUCAUUAUCGCCAAUAAUCUCCGUGGCUGCGGUCUCUAUUAGGAUAAAUAUUCCCGUCGCGGAGCCGAUCAACCGACACAAACUCACACUCACACGCAUAAACACGACAGACAUUUAUUGCGAGAACGGGGGAGCGCGUGAGAAUGAGAGACUGUGAGAUUGUCAGCUGCCGAGAGAGAGAGAGAGAGAGAGAGAGAGAGAGAGAGAGAGAGAGAGAGAGAGAGAGAGAGAGAGAGAGAGAGGGGGAGAGAAUUGCUGAAAGAACGAAACAGAGGAAGAAAGAGGAAGAGAGAAAGAGAGAGAAAGAGAUGAGAGAGUACACCUAUGUACCACCGCUACAAACUACCAACCACCUGCAGAUACCUUCUUGAUUUUUUUUUUUAAUCAAAUUAACCCAGUAUUGUGCCAACCUUUUCAACCAUUCUCCUUAUCUUAUUCGACGGUUUCGCAACAAUAUUCGCGCGAUGCUGUGCAUUACUGUGAUAUUGCCAAAAUGACAUCAAUCAGAGCAGAUCGCUCUCUGUGUAAUUGUUUCACCAUGCGGAUUACUUUUUGCAUUCCUGAUAAAAAAAAGGAAUAGGAAAUUUCUGAGCCAGUCUUGAGAUCUUGAAUUGUAAAUAUGUCUUGGAUUAUUUUUUAAACUUUUCGUAGCCACUUUUCUGGCAGUCUGUUAGAUCGAUUGAAAUGUGGAAUAAGUUGAGGAAUAUGUUGAAAAGGGGGCACACAAUGAUCGAUCCAGGUUUUUCGCGACAAAUCGCACAAAGACGAAUCACGAAGCACGUUUCUGGAUCGCGAGGUCCAUCCAUCUGGUUUUUAUUGUAAAUUAGAGGAAAAACUUUGUUCAGGUAGAAGAUCGAGUCAGGUAGAAGAUCGACAAAAUACUUCUUUUAACGCGUAUCAAAUAAUUUUUAGUUGUUGUCAAAUUAGUUUUCACGACUCCUCAGAACGAUGAAUGUUUCAAGAUUCUUUCAAAAAUACAGCACUUCUUUUACAAUUAAAAAAAAAAAAAAAAAAAAAAAAAAAAAAGAAACAGAAAUGAAGAUUCUGGGAGAUUCUCAAUUUUCUACCUGAAAAGGAACAUUUUCCUUUUUCACGCGUAGCAUAAUAACAUCAUUCAACUACUUUGACUUCAAUUUGAACAAGCAUAUUACGUUCGUCGCCGAUCGCACAAGCCGCGCACAAGAUACCGACCGAAGAAACGUAUAUAUAUUUUUCCUCUCUAACGAAGUAUUUUGUAUUUCGACGUAACUCGACAGGUCGAAGAUGUACAAUAUUAUUAUACACACCGUUCAGUUUUCGACCAGUUCUUUUCUCUAGUUCGGAAACUAGGAAUCAGGGACGAAGCGC